AUGGACAAAGAAAUGAAGAUAAGAGGCCUGGCCUCGGCGACGGUCAGGAAGCAGCGCAUGCAUGAACGCCAGAAACAGAAAGAGCUGAUGCGCGAGGAAAGGGAAGAACGUAAGAGGAGGAUGAUAAGAUAUAGCGAAAUAUACGCUUCCAGUUCGGAAAGCUCGCGUUCGAAUUCACCAGAGAAUGAUUCUACAGCUGAUACACCCUCCGAAUCACCUUCAGAAUGCAGCAUAACCACACCGUCAAACUCAUUCUCACCCAACGUCGAGAUCAGACUCCAGAAUAUAAACUUUACAAAGGAUGUACUACUCAAGAAAGAGGACGAGGAUGAAACCACAUCGAAGAGACCGGUUCUGGAUAGAAGGCGUUCGAAAUCAAAACCCGCAGCACCGACCAUGCUCGCGGCAUCUCUGACUACAGUUUCUGAUUUCCGGUAUGACCGUUUCUCGACCUUCAUCGAGCCAGUCAAAAUACAUGAGGCAAGCGAGAGUGAAUCAGCAUCUACUGACGAAGACGACUCGGACGAAGACUAUUCUCCAAUUGAAGUCGCAACACCUGUGGCAAUCCGCAUGCCAAUUAGUCGGCCUUCUGUGAUAUCUGUAAUCAGUCCUGCUGCUUCUGAAAGUGGUCCCCAGAAAUUCUCCAUCAAGAAUAUCAACACAAUCAUGAUAAAUCCUCCAAGACCAAGAUUGGUAACCACAAAGACAGAACCGUCUCAGCCAAAGUCUCACCGCGACAGCGAAUUCCUGACAUCAGAGGCAAACCCACUAGAAGUUCCGACACCUUCCUCAGCGAGUGUUGUCAGUAUCGAACCAUCAUCUACACAAAGUCUUCGAAGUCUUCCCGCUUCUGAGCAGUCUCCUGCGGACGGAUAUCUCAAAAAGAAAUCAAGCAUGCCAAUGCUUGGCAAGUUUACUCAUUCUCGCAUGAACAGCAUAAAGAACUUCAUCAAGACACAAUCAAUCUCAGCUCCUCCACCUGCAAUACCUACAAUACCCUCUGCUCAUCAAAAUCGACCUUCCGAAAACAUGAGCUUGUCAUCACCUGGCUAUGAAUUCAGACCAAACGCUCCUAAAGUUCGUCCGGCUUCGCCUCGAAGGUCCUUGACCGAGCCUUCUCUUCUGAAGGUGAUCCCGCAGCAUCAGAGGCCUCAAACUGCUCGUACUGUAAGUCAAGCUAGUGCCAUAAGUGUUCCAACCCUUCCUCCCACGUCCGUGUCGAUGCCUACGGCAACAGCUACAGCUUCAAUGCAUUCCUUGAGCGAAGAGACGGAGCCACUCAUGGACCGCAAAAAGUCGUUCGCGAAUCUCAGACGGAGGAGCGGGAGUUUAGGUCAGGCGUUGAAGUUUGGCAGCAGCAAGAACAAGAUCUCUGCUUCGGAAGCGCCACUUCCUCCGGUACCGACCAUCAAUGUGCCCGCAGAAGAUUACAUCGAACCAAUGGACCAUGCUCCAAUCCCAUCGAGAGCUUCGAGAACUGUGAGAAGGAGUGGUAUGGGUUUAUACUCGCCAUUUCCGCAGGCACCGCAGAAAGGUGCACCUAUCGGUCUUGGUUUGAGGAUGUAA